AUGCAGAAAAGUGUGUUUUAUUUCUUGUUACUUUUCCUUAAGUUAGUUUUUGCAGAUUACACUGAUGAUGAAGAUGACGAAGACAAUGAAUCUGAAUUUGAAACUGAUCAAAGUGAUUAUGAAAUCAAAAGAUGUAAUCCAUACAAAGAUGCAAAUUGCUUGGUGAGUAAUGAAGCAUUGGGAAGAAAAGUGUUUGAAUCAUUUUCUGAUGGUACAAAAUAUUUUACAAUUACUAGUUCUAGAAGAGGUGUUAGAUUUGAUGAAGAUGGGUUGACAUUGACUAUUUUAGAUAAAUUUGAUAAUCCUGCUUUGGCAUCAAGUUUUUAUAUUAUGUAUGGUAAAAUUGAUGUUGAAAUUAAAGGAGCGCCAGGAAAGGGGAUUAUAAGUUCGUUUUAUUUGCAAAGUGACGAUUUAGAUGAAAUUGAUGUUGUAGAGAUUUUCGGCAGUGAUCCUUAUGAAUUCCAAACCAAUUUUUUCAUUAAAGGUAAUGUUUCUAAUUACGAUCGUGGAAAAUAUCAUCAGAUGCAUCCAUCUCCAUUGAGUGGAUACCAUAAAUAUAGUGUUGAAUGGACGCCAGAUUUGAUUACCUGGUUUUUAAAUGAUAAACCUGUCCGAAUGUUGGGAAGAAAAAAUCGACAUGGAAUGCCAUGUUCACCAAUGUUUCUCAAGUUUAGUUUAUGGAGUGCUGAUGAGAAUGAUGAAGGUACAAUUGCUUGGGCAGGAGGAGUGGCAUCCUUUUCCGAAGGUCCAUUUUCCAUGCACAUUAAGAAUUUAGAAGUGCACGAUUAUUCAAAUGGGAUUUCUUACAAUUAUGGUCAUUUGAGAAAUGGUAAAUGGUUAGAUUUGUCAUCUGAAGGAGGUGAGAUCUAUGAAGGACAUAAAUUCUGUACUCCACCAACUGAAUUGGAACAACCAGCUGAAAAGAAGAAGAAGUGGCCCGAUUCGAGAUAUAUCAAGCCUACCGUUUUACCGUCCAAACCUAGUGCUGUAGAGAAACCUGCAAGUGCUACCAAACAGCCAUAUACAAAGCCGAUUAAAGAAUGGGAAAAUUUCGAUGACGACAGAGAUGAGGAGGAAGAAGGGUCUGCCGAGGAAGACAAUUGGGGACAUACUCCUGAUGAAAUAAUAGAUGGUGAACACAAUGAUUAUGAACAAGAGGAAGAUGACGAUGAAGCUCAUGAUGAAGAUACGAAGUCGGGUGAAAAAAACGUGGGAAAUGCGGAUAAAGAAGAUGGAUAUGAUGAGACAAAUGAAGGUGAGACACAAGAUGAGGAGAAGACAACCACAAUCCCUGCCGCGAAUCUAUUAAAACGGCCAGUGAAAAAGAAGCAAGAACUUGCAGGAUCGGAAGAUAAGGGUAGAGAAAACCCAUCGGACGGAUUGUCAAAGAAGACCAAGAAGGGGAGAAAUAAAAAAAUGAAAAGCAACUCAUUGAUCUCAUCUACAAUUGUACUGGAACAUUCAUCCACAUUAAAUUCCAAUUCAUCCGUCACCACGGAAAGUGAGAGUAUAUUAUCAACAUCAACAUCAAAAGCUAGAUUACCAUAUAAUAUUUUCUUCCAAUAUCCAGACAGAGAUAAUAGUAUAAUCAAAUCAGGUGUUUCUAAUCAAAUAUCAGGAUCAUUAUUGAGUGUUGUUUUUGUGGAAGCAUUAAUUGUCAUGACGUUAUUAGUUUAA